AUGGACAUGUCUGACCCAUGGUGGCAGUCGGCGUUUGUUGAGAAAGCUCUGGCUAAGGCAAAAAGUAGCUGUGAAUCAUUCGGUAUGAGCCAAGAGACACCCUGCGACGACAAUUCAAAACACGACGAUAGCCUGAAUGCGUUUUUGUGGCACAAGGAGCUUGAGGCUGCCGAUGUUGAAGCCUCCGAGGUUCAGAGCAACAAAAAGUGGCUCGACAAUAUAUCCUUUCAGCGAGAGAACUAUCGCGACUCCUGUGACACUCUGGGCAUCAACUAUUCGAAACCACGAAUCGCAGGCAUGCGGCGGAGCGUGGAGCUGAGUCAUUGGCAACCAGUUGCAAUGCAAGCGCUUGUUGAGUUUCAAGAAAAAGCAUACUGUCAAACUUCAGCUCUGCCUACCAUUAGUGUGGGCUCACUCCUUUUGGUGUAG